UGUGACGUAUAGAGCAUAAGACCUUGCAUAUGUGUGUGUGUGUAAUCUGUGAGGAGAUAAAAGCUGUUCAGAAGCCUCGUUGAGCAUACACUCCUGAAAAAUCAGACCUCGCCGGACACGCAGACUUCAUCCCAGUACAGUGUUUGGAGGAAUAAAAUCCAGUCAAGAUGUGUUGUUCAGGCUUUCUCAAGAUCAUGAUGUUCAUUUUCAAUGGCGGCAUCUUUUUGGCAGGUGCUGCUAUUCUGGGUGUGGGAGUGUGGGUGAAGGUGGACAGUGCUUCUCUUCUGGGUUUACUGGAUGAAAUAGAAGAUGCUCCACCUGAGUUAUCCCAGCUGGCCAACGUCGCCUACCUGCUCAUCGGCGUGGGUGCCGUGCUUCUGGUCAUUGGCUUUCUGGGCUGCUGUGGGGCCAUCAGGGAGAGCAGGUGUAUGCUGCUGACGUUCUUCUGUAUCGUGCUGAUCAUCUUCCUCAUCGAGGUUGCGGGAGCCAUUGUCCUGUUCGUCUUCCAGGGUUUGGCUGGUGAGCUUCUUAACAAUUUGGAGAAUCAAGUACGGGCGAGCAUUCAAAAGGAUUAUGGAAAAGAAAAUAGUCUGACCUCUCUCUGGAACGCCACCAUGGAGGAGUUUAAAUGCUGUGGAUACAAGAACUACACCGACUUUGACAACUCCACUUACCAGAGUGGAGGAACAAAAAUUUACCCACCCACAUGCUGCAAUACAACCACCAUUGGCGUAUGUCCUGAAAAGGAUGCAGAAAGUUCGAUGGUUCUGGGCUGCUUCGACAAGCUGCUGGAGCUGAUAGAAGAGAACGCUGUGAUCAUAGCAGCUGUGGCUCUAGGAAUCGCUGCACUUGAGAUCGCUGCCAUGGUGGUUUCAAUGGUCCUCUACAAAAAAGUUGGCAGUAAAGCUUGAUGAUGAAUGU